AUGGAGGACAGAGAUACUCUAGCGGGCCUUCGCGGCCUAUAUCAAGAUCUCUCUUCCCUCACUGAGUCGUCCUUUGUGAACAUCGACCGUCUCCGUUUUGAGUUGGAGGCUCACAUUGAUGAUUUCAGGAAGCUCCUUGACAGGCCACCAAAAAACAAUUCCAGUCGCCAGGCUGUUCUUUCAGGGAAGAUCACCGUCGAUGACCUUGAAUAUUCCAUCAACGAGGAGUUCCAACAAGGCGCGUUACAGCUGGCCGAUGCGUUGGGUAUCGAUGAAUUGGAGGCAGCACACCUGUUUCUUGGCGCACAGGAUCAUGCUCAGAUGCUGGACAGAACUCCUCUUAUCGCUGCGAUCAUGCGGUUUCACGAGCGUCGGCACUUCCUCCUCGAAUCUCUGCGUCUUAUCCUCCAAGAAUCCUUUGAGGUCGAGCGGGAAAUGACUCAGGUACUAAUGCAGGACAUGAUAGCCUUCGUUGUCGAGAUAAAGAAUGGCCCUCUACGAAACGCGUCGCUGUUUACACGGAAAUGCAUGAAAUCGAUGGAAGAUAUUGAGAAGUGGCUCGUACUUGUUGCUGAACAAAUCCAGAAAGCAUCCAUUGUUGGUCAAGCCGAAGACGCCGAUAUAAUGGAGGCUAUAGAGUAUCAGCGCGCCAGCUUGCAGCAACAGCAUGAGUCAUUGGGCGCUAUAAUUUGCUACCUGUUCAAAGGCCCUUAUACUAGCCCCGAGGAUCUUCGACUGCUGCUUGGAAACCUUCGGAAAUUGGACCGGUUUGAUGGCCUACUCGUGCAUUAUAUCCCUUCUAUAAUUGCUGCUUUCGUUCAACAUGGUUCUCCGGAAAGUUCCAAUUCAUACAAAGAGGCCCGAAGCCUGCACACGGCCGUUACGUCGACCAAAGAUGGCCAGUCCUGGGCCCUCCCAACUUUCCAUUCUGCAAUAGUUGCUCUCUGGCUUGCAGUAUAUGGUGGAUGGGAUUUUGAUGGACCGUCGUCCCCACUUCCCGGGGUUGAUCUCGAGAAGGACGCAGAGGAGCGCACAAAGAUGUUCAUGACAGCGCUGGAUGAUGGAGGGCUGGACUUUAUGUUGGCUGUCUGCUCUGGAGUUAAUAACGAAGAAUGGGCGGAUCCAGCUCGAAGUGAAUUGGUUACAUUGCUAUUGAAGGAAAGCUCCUCAACUCUGCCCGAGUCUGACACUUGUGCUACCUACAUGAAAUGUUUACUGAUGGAAAACUUCGAGGUUUUUGUGGAGUCAUGCAUCGCUAAUAUGCCGGAUGCUGUUCGGAUGUUGAAAUCCGAAGAAGACUCGCAAAGAUUGGAUCAGAUUACUGCGCUUAGAGAUGGCCUAACUUCUAGUCUCCAUCGAGGCUUAGUGGAAGCUCGGACGCAUCUUGAAUCAUUCCUCAUGGUAAUGGCUUUUGCAUUUGAGCAGCGACCGGACGCUGCACAGGAGUUUUGGGCCGAUCCUGACGGAAACUUGUACGGCUUCCUUCAAUGGGCCUCGAAAAGGCAAACUGUCCCUAGAGUUAGCGCGUUCUGUGAAUUACUAUGCUCUAUUUCGGGGAGCGAAGAUAAUGCCACUGCAGCUCAUAGAUUCCUCACUGAAGAGGACAAGUUUAUGUCUGCUAAAUUUAAGCGGUCGACUUCUAUGAACUGGUCCCAGAUGUUCGCUGAGUUAGAACUUUAUGCAACAAAAGUGACCGAGAAGCCUCCUGCCUCGACAUCUCAAACGAUCCUACGAUCCCGGAAGUCUGAACCCGCAGAUAUGAGUGAGCCAGAAAGUCCUGUCAUGCUGACCUGCUAUCUCCGGUUGCUGGGACAUCUAUGUAGACAAAGUGUCGCGAUAAGGGACUGGAUGCUUCAUCACCCCUCGUUCAACGUUGUCAGCACAAUGUUGACAUUGUGCAGCGGACCGAUACCUACGCACUUAAGAGCAACAGUUUUCACCACCCUUGCAGCUCUGAUGACUGGACGAACAUCUAUCAAUGGCAAUGAAAUGUGGCUUUCUAUUGACCAGUGGAUUUCAGGUGGAUCUAUGAGUGCUUCUGGAAUGGGGAAGAUCCCAGUAGUCUCGAAUCCCCUUGUUUGGCAUGAGCAACAAGCGUUUCAGAAGUUUGGCGAAAGCUUCGACCAAGCCAAUGCUUUUGUCAGCUUAAUCAAUUCCCUUGUGUCUCCAACAUCUGAUUCAGCCGACUACCACCUCUCGCUGCCAUUUCCUGAAUCUUUGGGUUCAUCCUAUCGCAUGCCAGGUAUUGAGCCUUACAUAGACUUUGUAUUAGGCCAUGCCUUGUCACGGAAAGUACCAGAUGUCAACGAACGCCAAUCUCGGAUGCUGACAUACAAUUGCCUGGAGUUUGUCGUGACAUGCUUGAAGUCCUUCAACGAGAGUCUUGUCUCUGUUCUCAGUCAACCCACUGUUCCAUCCGAUGUUAAAACGUCGUCAUUGGUUACUUAUGUCCGCCUACACCCCUUUGCACGGGUAGCUGAAUGGUUGUUCAACGAAGAUGUAAUCAAGGCAAUCUUCGCGACAGCUCACCAAGAUAUAGCUGAGGUUUCCAAGGCGGCGCCUGACUCUAUAUUGGUCCUCUCUGUAGUCAGAAGCCUUGAGGUCAUGGAUCUAAUCAUGGACCUUCAGUCGACGUAUUUCAACAUUGUCCGCCCCUUGAUCAAGUCUCAAACUGGUGGAAGCCGAACUAACGUAGCAAACUCAUCGCUCUCGGCCUUUGAAGAUAGCGUCCUCAACAAUUUGUCAAUUGUACCAGCUUUGUGUCUUUAUUGCAGCACGGCACAUCAACAACUCACAAUCACAUCCAUGGUGCUGUUGGAGAAACUCUCUAGCUCUAGAAAGCUCAACAAGGUUUCAUCACCAGGGUUGUCCAAGUGGCGGUCCUCGAAUAAAAUCGUUGAGGUCCUCAGCACGGAAGUGGAGGUGGAUAGCGUGGCGCGCCCGCUUGUAUCUCAAAUGCAGCCGGAACUACGGGAACUUGAUCAUGGGCCGCAAUCUUCGGGUUACAUUAUUAGAGAAAGUUUAUUGGCGCUGCUGAAUAGCUGCCUAAGAAUGAUCACGGAUCGGCCAACGAUAGCUCAUCUACUUCUUGGGUUUAGCAGUGUGGGAAACAUGCUCGACAUCUCUGACGGACUUCUUGCCAACGGAAUGUCUUUGCUACACGCUAUCAUCACAUUCUUGCAAAGCUACCCAGAUCAAGUUGAUGGAAAUAUCCUGUCAUGGAUGGUGCACCUGAAGCGUAUGGCAUUGGAGGUGUUAAAGCAUUUAUGGUCAUCCAAAAUUUCUUCCUACUUCACCCUUACUGAGAUGCGUGCGAGCCGUUUUCUGCAAAGUCUGCUCGCAAGCCAACCCAUCAUUGGACCGAAUACUUCUUGGGAUGGGUUCCCGAUUAUGACGGAAGAAUUCUGGGUUUCGGAUUCUGCUAGUGCUCUCGCAGAAUUUCUGUUGUACAGAAGUUAUUUGUAUGCUUAUGCUACUACAGAGGUUCGCUCGGCUGCUAAGCUCCGUUCACCAACGCUACAAACAGAUAUCAUGUCGACAUUGUUUGGAAAUUCGACCUCGGAGACGGGGGAUGCCAUAGUGAAUCCUACGGUGUUUGACUUUUUCGAUUUCGCGGAUCUGGACAUUGGACGUCAACUUCAGCCCCCAAUGCUGGUCCUACUAGAUGGCAUUAUGCUGGAUGCGUGCGCAAAAGAGACGGAUGAUUCACUUAUUCUUUACAACGAGGCGGAGUUGGAGGAGCUGAUACAACUCAGAAAAGAAGAAUUGCUUUCUAGCGGGAACUUACGCCCUCAGGACGAGGAACAAUUUCUUGCAGAAGCCGAAGGUUUGAAGAUGUUCGUUCAUGCGACAAACCAGUCAAGAAAGAUCAAUAACAACCGUUAUUUGGCUCUCCGAUCCUGGACGGAACUCAUUACGACCAUGCUCACUUGCUCCGAAAUUGAAGGCGGGCGGAAAUCGACAUUCAUACUGCAUACCAUUCAAUUGAUUCUUCCCAAGCUUGAAGCCGCUGUUGAAGAGGAUCUCCCAGAGGCGACCGAACUAGCACGCUUAGCCGAAUUUUUAGUUACGAAACUAGAAUCAAGCACAGCAAAAGCAAAUUCGGCCCGGAGAAGCGGGGAUGUCAUUGAUGAGAAGCUCCAACAGCUCUUCCAGAUCUGCGUUAGAGGUAUCGCUCUGGCGACAGGAAAUGUUAAUCUCCGAGAAACUUUCUACAACAUUUGCUCAUCCUACAUCGCCCGUAUCAUCCAGCCCGAUACAGGACACGAGAGUGUCAAACAGCACAGUCACCAGAUUGUCAAGAUGGCUGGCACCACAUUAAUUGAAGCGAUAUGUGAUGAUGCAUAUGCUGGCCAGGAGACAUGUCGCGUGUCUGCGCUAUUGUUCCUCAAUCUCCUUGCAGCUCUCGAUAAACAGGGAGAUUCUAUAUUGGCUGAGUCAAUUUCCCAAUCAAAUUAUUUAAGUCUCUUCCUCGAUGCCAUUAGGACAUUGCCCAUUGAAUUAAGAAAUGCCCAAGCGAAUGAUACACCUUUGCUCUUAUCCUAUUACGAAUCUCUGUUAUCUUUGCUUCAGCAACUCUGCCAAACGAAGGCGGGCGCGACCCAUGUUUUGAAGACCGGUCUUUUCGAAGCAGUACGUGGUUCGCAGCUUUUCGCUGCCGACCCAGAUCUUGGCAUUGAUAUUGAUAACCCCGAUGCUCUCCGGAGGUACUACGAUUUACUGGAUUCCGUCCUACGAGUAAUUGUUUCCGCUGCGUUUUCUCGGGGCCUGCAUAACGAGCAAAUGAUGGAACAGACUCGUGCGUUCCUUGCUGAGAAUAGGCAAAGUAUGGUUGGCAUAUUCAAACGCUUCGCCAAGAUCGGUGGAGGGGGUGCUGCCGAUCACCAUAGCGCCCUGACCAACCUGACCAAAUCAUAUAUGGCACUAGUUGCUGCUACGGAUUUCUUAGAGAGGAGCGGUAAGCGCAAAUCGAUCGGCAAGAGGAAGCUUUCUGAUCAAGAGGAAGCAUCACACCAACCUCAGCACCAACAGGCGACGAUUUCGGAGCUCCUUUCGCGGAACCACACAACCCACGGGAAAGAGCAUCACCAUCAUCCUCAUCAUCAGCUAUCCUCCCCGACGAGCAAGCGUCCCCGGCUAUCGCCAAACCCCUCGGGUCUAACUCCUGCACAAGGUCCGCGGGGAUCAGCUUCAUCCAACACCAUGUAUAAUUUCUCCAACCAGGAAACGAAAGACGGUGGAUUGUUUGGUCAAGUUAGGCCGGGCACCAGCUCCGGAAAUGUAGCUGCAAGGCCCCGCUCUUUCAACGCACCAGUGCGCCAAAGCAACUUCACCCCUCACACCGGCGCCAAGAAGCUUGUUGUCAAGAAUCUGCGGGUGGGCUCUCGGUUGAAUCAAGAUUCAUACUUCGAGAAAAUAUGGGGCCAGCUUGACGCUGCGCUGACCGCGAUCUUCGAUGGCGGGAAGCCCGAAAUCUCUCUAGAAGAGCUAUACAAAGGGGCUGAGAAUGUAUGUCGUCAAGGGCGAGCUUCAGCGCUGGCCAGACAACUACAAGAGCGAUGCCGAGGACAUGUAUCCGGUAAACUGCGUGAUACGCUGGUAGCAAAAGCAGCGGGCGGGAACAAUAUCGAUACGCUACGAGCUGUUGUAGAUUCGUGGACGACAUGGCAAUCAAAGCUGGUUACAGUACGCUGGAUUUUCUACUAUCUCGACCAAUCGUUCCUCCUCCACUCCAAGGAAUACCCAGUUAUACGUGAGAUGGGUUUAAUCCAGUUCCGGCAACACAUAUUCAAUGAUCCAGUCUUACAACCCCAAGUUUUACAGGGCGCCUGCGACCUGAUCGAAGCGGACCGUGACGAAGGGCGCAGCAUGUCAGCCGACUCAUCUUUGCUUCGGAAUGCUAUUGAAUUUUUCCAUGGCCUUGAUGUUUAUACUACUGCUUUUGAGCCUCUCUUUGUCUCCGAAUCGAAGAAGUUCUUCGCAUUAUGGGCUCAGCAUGAAGCCUCAGGAUAUCUUGCCACUUUCGCGGAAAACAGUCACCGCUUAAUUGAACAAGAAGUAGACAGGUGUACAUUGUUCUCUUUAAAUCGGAGCACAAAACAGAAGUUGUCUGAACUUUUGGAUCAGGAGUUAGUGGCAGAACAAGAGGAUGUUCUUCUCAAUCAAAAUGAUAUUCUUGGUCUGCUGCGGGCCGGCAAUAAGACUGCCUUGGAAAAACUGUAUACGCUUCUUCAACGAAGGGAUUUGGGGGCGAAAUUGAAGACGGCAUUCAGCAGUUACAUUGUUGAGGAGGGUACCAAUAUUGCCUUUGACGAUGAAAAAGAGGCGGAAAUGGUGGCCCGGCUACUGGAUUUCAAACAGCAGCUUGACGAGACUUGGAUCAACUCCUUCCAUCGACAUGAGGAGCUGGGACACACAUUGCGCGAGGCCUUUGAGACGUUCAUGAACAAGGGACGAAAAUCUGGCGCACCCGGAGGCACAGAUAAUCCAAAGACUGGGGAGAUGAUUGCCAAAUAUGUGGAUAGAUUACUCAAAGGCGGGUGGAAAUUGCCUUCUGGACGGAAAGCCGAGGAAGUACCUCUUGCCGAUGAGGAUGCCGAAAUUAAUCGACAGUUAGACCAAGUGUUGGAUCUCUUCCGAUUUGUACAUGGCAAAGCUGUAUUUGAGGCAUUUUACAAGAACGACCUUGCUCGUCGGCUAUUGAUGGGCCGGAGUGCCAGUGAUGAUGCAGAGAAGAGCAUGUUGGCGAGGCUCAAGACAGAAUGCGGUUCCAGCUUCACGCACAACCUGGAAUCUAUGUUUAAAGACAUGGACGUGGCGCGGGAUGAAAUGGCGGCGUAUAAUUCUAUUCAGCGUGAACGCAAGCACCGAUCACCCGUGGAUUUGAAUGUCAGUGUGCUCUCUGCAGCCGCCUGGCCGUCCUAUCCCGAUGUUCAGGUGCGAAUACCGCCCGAAAUCGCGACGGCUGUCAGCGAGUUCGAAAAGUUUUACUACAGUAAAUACAACGGGCGCAAACUUAAUUGGAAGCACCAACUCGCGCACUGCCAGCUGCGCGCAAGGUUUCCCAAAGGCGAUAAGGAACUGGUAGUCAGUUCAUUCCAGGCCAUCGUGCUCCUGCUAUUUAACGACGUGCCAGAGAAAGAGACUCUUAGCUAUCUACAGAUCCAGGAGGCGACGAAGUUAUCUGACCAGGAGCUAAAACGGACCCUACAAUCGCUCGCAUGCGCCAAAUAUCGAGUGCUUGCUAAGAAGCCGAAGGGUCGAGAAGUCAACACAACGGACGAGUUCUCGUACAACGAGGCAUUCUCCGACGUGAAGAUGCGGAUCAAGAUCAAUCAGAUCCAGCUGAAGGAGACUAAAGAGGAGAAUAAGACGACACACGAGCGAGUGGCAGCUGAUCGCCAUUAUGAGACUCAGGCAGCUAUUGUGCGAAUUAUGAAGAGUCGGAAGACCAUCACACACCCCGAAUUGGUAGCGGAGGUGAUUAAAGCGACGCGCAGCCGAGGAGUGCUCGAGCCUGCGGAUAUCAAGAAGAACAUUGAGAAGCUGAUUGAAAAGGACUACAUGGAGCGAGAAGAGGGAAACCGGUAUCAGUAUGUGGCAUAA